CCGGGAUGGGUCCUGAAGACUCUGAAAGAGCCCCCUAAAGAUGCCUUUUCUUGAGCUUGAUGGACAGCCUUCCAUUGUGCAGACUCGAGAGAACAACUUGGAAGUGAAUUUGAACAGGGCGCCUUGACGCCCUGCAGCCUGUGCAGGCCGCAACCCCUGCAUACAAACUGUAGAAGGUUUUUGAGUUAGGACACAAUUCGCAGCCAUGGGGAGUCGCGAGGGCGACCCGAGCCUGGCCUACCUGCCCAAGCGAGACACCGAGGUGCGCCUGCCGCGGCCCACUCAGGUUAAGAAUAAGACGCCAGCGCCGGUGCAGAUCACAGCGGAGCAGCUGCUGAGGGAGGCGAGGGAGCACCAGGAGCAGGAGAUCAGGCCGCCGAAGCAGCAGAUUACCGAUGCGGACGAGCUCGCGCAAUACCGGCUGCGGAAGCGCAAGGAGUUUGAGGACACGGUACGGCGCGUGCGAUGGAACCAGAGCAAAUGGGUGCAGUACGCGCAAUGGGAGGAGAGCCAAAAGGACUUUCCCAGGGCCAGGUCCGUGUGGGAGCGCGCGCUGGAGGUGGACUACCGCAGCCUGACGCUGUGGCUCAAGUACGCGGAGAUGGAGAUGAAGAACAAGUUCGUGAACCACGCGCGCAACGUGUGGGACCGCGCGGUGUCCCUGCUGCCGCGCGUGGACCAGCUCUGGUACAAGUACAUCCACAUGGAGGAAAUGCUCGGCAACGUCGCCGGCGCGCGCCAGAUCUUUGAGCGUUGGAUGAAGUGGGAGCCGGACCACAACGGCUGGACGGCGUACAUCAAGAUGGAGCUGCGCUACAACGAGGUCGAGCGGGCGCGCCAGAUCUUCGAGCGGUACACGCAGUGCCAUCCGACUGUGCGGGCUUGGAUAAAGUAUGCCAAGUUCGAAGUCAAGAACGGGGAGGUGGCGAGAGCGCGCGCAGUGUAUGAACGGUCGAUCGAGCAGCUGGGAGAGGAUGGCCAGACGGAGGAGCUGUUUGUGGCGUUCGCCAAGUUCGAGGAGCACUGCAAGGAGUUUGAGCGCGCGCGCGCCAUCUACAAGUACGCGCUGGACCACAUCCCCAAGGGCCAGGCCGACGACCUGUACAAGCAGUUCACCGCCUUCGAGAAGCAGUACGGCAACCGGGACGCCAUCGAGGACGUCAUCGUCUCCAAGCGGCGGUUCCAGUACGAGGAGGACGUGAAGAAGAACCCGCUGAACUACGACGCGUGGUUCGACUACGUGCGGUUAGAGGAGAGCAACGGCGACACGGAGAAGGUGCGGGAGGUGUACGAGCGGGCCAUCGCAAACAUCCCGCCCGCAGAGGAGAAGCGCUACUGGCAGCGAUACAUCUAUCUGUGGAUCAACUACGCGCUGUACGAGGAACUAGAGGCGGACGACCCGGAGCGGACGCGCGACGUGUAUCGCGAGUGUUUGCGGGUGAUCCCGCACAAGAAGUUCAGCUUCAGCAAGAUUUGGAUUAUGGCCGCGCAGUUCGAGAUCCGACAAAAGGACCUCGCGGCAGCGCGGAAAAUCUUGGGGACCGCCAUCGGGAUGGCGCCCAAAGACAAGAUCUUCCGGACGUACAUCAGCAUCGAGCUGACGCUGGCCAAAGUGGACCGGUGCCGGCAGCUGUACGAAGUGUAUCUAGAGUGGGCGCCUAGCAGCUGCUACGCCUGGACCAAGUUUGCGGAACUAGAGCGGACGCUCAACGAGUUUGACCGCGCGCGCGGCAUCUUCGAGCUGGCGAUUGCUCAGCCAGUGCUGGACACGCCGGAGCUGCUCUGGAAGGCGUACAUCGACUUCGAGAUCGGGGAGGGCGAGUACGGGCGCGCGCGCGAGCUGUACGAGCGGCUGCUAAACCGGACCAAGCACGUCAAGGUGUGGAUGAGCUACGCCCAAUUCGAGAGCAGCGUUGCCCUCGAAGAAGAGAUUGAGGCCGCAGAGCAAGAGCGGGACCCCGACGAUGGUCUACUAGAAGACCAACAACGAGAAAGGGACGCACGCACGCGCGCCGUUUACGAGCGCGCCCACGAGUCCCUCAAGGCCGCGUCUCCGGAUCUCAAGGAAGAAAGAGUGUUGUUGCUGGAGGCCUGGAGGGACUUUGAGCAAGGUAGCGGGGACGCUGAAAAGGCGCAGGAGGUAGAGGCGAAAAUGCCCAAGAAGGUGAAGCGGAAACGGCCGAUCCUAGCGGCAGAUAACACGCCGCAAGGCAUGGAGGAGUAUUACGACUACAUCUUCCCCGAUGAGGCAGGCGGCCGGCCAAAUCUUAAGAUUCUGGAAGCUGCGUACCGGUGGAAAAAGCAGAAACUCGAAGGAGGAGAGGCAACUUGACGGGGCAACACUUCGUAUGUACAUCACAGCUACCACGGGAUACACAUGUUGGCUCUGUCCUGCAUCUACUUAUUAGUAUACCUGGCGACCCCUGAUGUGCAGAGUGCAGCACAUUGUCGGCCCCGUCAGAUUGACGGGUUCAAGUGUUCUGUAAUCGAGUUGAAUCAUUGCACUGGGCCCUGCAACUUACCAGAAAGAAGGGGGCCGCUGCAAGUUACUGUACGCGGCAUGAUUUAGUGGAUCCCUUUGAUCGUAUGCGCAGGCCAAAUUUUCCAUUGUCCAUCGGUCGGAUCUCGCUGGAUGCAGCGCGCCGG